GGGGCGGGGCCUGCCUGUCACCCACGCAGAGUGCCCUGUCUAACUCGAACGCUAGCUCGAGUGGGAGCUGAGGAGAAUCCCGCCAGUGUCCUUCAUGGCCGCCGCCGCGCUCCUCGCUCGGGCCUGCGGCCCCAUCCGUGGAGCUCUGUGUCGUCAGUUACAUACUAUCUACCAGUCGGUGGAGCUGCCCGAGACACACCAGAUGCUGCGUCAGACAUGCCGGGACUUUGCCGAGAAGGAGCUGGUUCCCAUCGCGGCCCAGGUGGACAAGGAGCACCGCUUCCCAGGGCCUCAGGUGAAGAAGAUGGGUGAGCUUGGGCUUCUGGCCAUGGACGUGCCCGAGGAGUUGAACGGUGCUGGCCUCGAUUACCUGGCCUAUGCCAUCGCUAUGGAGGAGAUCAGCCGGGGCUGUGCCUCCACCGGAGUCAUCAUGAGUGUCAACAACUCCCUCUACUUGGGGCCCAUCCUGAAGUUUGGCUCCAAGGAGCAGAAGCAGCAGUGGAUCACGCCUUUUACCAAGGGUGACAAAAUUGGCUGCUUUGCCCUCAGUGAACCAGGGAAUGGCAGCGACGCGGGAGCCGCCUCCACCACUGCCCGGGCAGAGGGUGACUCAUGGGUCCUGAAUGGCACCAAAGCCUGGAUCACCAAUUGCUGGGAGGCCUCAGCCACCGUGGUCUUUGCCAGCACCGACAGAUCCUUGCAAAACAAGGGCAUCAGUGCCUUCCUGGUUCCCAUGCCGACACCCGGGCUCUCGUUGGGGAAGAAGGAAGACAAGCUGGGCAUCCGGGCCUCAUCCACGGGCAACCUCAUCUUUGAGGACUGUCGCAUCCCCAAGGACAAUCUGCUGGGGGAGCCAGGGAUGGGCUUCAGGAUAGCCAUGCAAACCCUGGACAUGGGCCGUAUUGGCAUUGCCGCCCAGGCUCUGGGCAUCGCCCAGGCUGCCCUCGACUGUGCUGUGAACUAUGCCGAGAGUCGCAGGGCCUUUGGGGGGCCCCUCACCAAGCUCCAGGCCAUCCAGUUCAAGUUGGCGGACAUGGCGGUGGCCCUGGAGAGCGCCCGGCUGCUGACGUGGCGCGCUGCCAUGUUGAAGGAUAAUAAGAAGCCUUUCACCAAGGAGGCAGCGAUGGCCAAGCUGGCUGCAUCAGAGGCCGCAACUGCCAUCAGCCACCAGGCCAUUCAGAUCCUGGGUGGCAUGGGCUACGUGACAGAGAUGCCGGCUGAGCGGCACUACCGUGACGCCCGCAUCACCGAGAUUUAUGAAGGCACCAGUGAGAUCCAGAGGCUGGUCAUCGCCGGGCACCUGCUCAAGAGCUACCGGAGCUGAGCCCCGCCGUCGUCUGAGCACCACACCUCCCGGAGCCGGGCGGGCCUGAGGACCUUGGGAAAGGGAGUGGGAGCCACGUGGCCAUCACUCUGACACCCAGAGACCGUGGGGCGCACGGGCCGGGGCCAGGCUUCCUCUCGCGCGGGGCCCCCAGCCCCAGCCCUUCUGGUGUGGGCUGGUUGGAAGUGGCUCUCCUACCGCCUUCACCUCUACCCACCCCAGACCAAAAUGCCUAGGGGCAAGUCUCAGAGAAAGGACAGGUGAGGGGCCUGUGACCUGCAUCUGAGGACACCCAUCUUCGGCCCAGUUUCUUGGCUUUGCUCCCCUUUCACAACCGUGCCUUAUUUUCUUCAUCCGAGAGGAUGUGGCCUCCUGAAGGCAGGGCCGUGGGAAGGGCUAAGUUACCACUUCAGGGCUCCCUGUUCUGUUCCUGUGGGGCCUAGUGCUCAGCAGAAGACCAGGUGAGACUCCAUCUUGACAGUGUCUGCUCUUUUCAGCCCCCCACCAGGUGAGGGGUCAAGAGGAGUGGGUGGGGGCCAGAAUGACCAGGCCUCAGAAUACUGUUUCCCCGAAAAUAAGACCCGGUCUUAAAUUAAUUUUUGCUCCAAAAGAGACGCAUUAGGGCUUAUGUUCAGAGGAUGUCAUCCUGAAAAUCAUGCUAGGGCUGAUUUUUGGGGGAAUCACGGUAGCAGCAGUUGUGCUGUCUCAGGCUCCAGGGCGGUCUUGGGAAGGCUGUGGGGCUGGGUCAUUAUUAGAAGCACCAUUAACCUGUUCUUUGUAGAAAUGAGUACAGGUGGGUGGUCUGAUUCUGCUUUGAGACAGUCAGAUGUGGGAACUGACUAAUAAAGCAUACCUGUCCCCCAAUCUCGUGUCCUUA